AUGAACAGUUCUUCAGUGCGACCAAGAGCAAAAGAUUUCAAGAUGAAUGGGAUGAAGAUGGUCCUCUCAUUCCAGGCAGCACCAGGAAGAUUUGACAACAAGACACAGCCACGAUGGCUUCUGGGCUGUGGCUCUCCAAUCUGCUUAAGUUGGAAAAUUUCAAAGAAAAGAAAGUACAACGAAGCUUACCUAUCCUUUGAUUUCACUUUCAUCACUGAAUGUGAUGGGACAAAAAACCCACGGUACUUCUUGUGUGGCAAGGUUCUUGCCAAUGGAAGCAUGAAGCCAACAAAGCCAAAGAAGCACCUUACAUCUGUCCAUCCUGAAAAUACAUCAGAAAGUGUGGAUAUUCUUCAUGAGAAGGUCAUGGAGCAACUGGCAGUUAUGCCAUUUCCCUUCAGCACACAGCUGGAUAAAACUACUUACAUCUCUCAGUGCAGCCAGCUCCUGGUUUCCAUCUGUUAUGUGCACACGGAUGCCAUCAAAGAAUACUUCCUAUUUUGUGAGCCCCUUUUGGAAACUACAAAGGCUGUCAACGUCUUCAAAAUGGUGAAAAGCUUCUUUGCCAAGCAAAACAUGGCAAAGAAAAAUCUUGCCCCUGGCAGCCGGCCUGAGCGUGUGCGGCGGCAGGAGCAGGAGCAGCAGCGGCGGCGGCUGCAGCAGCAGCAGGAGGAGCGGGGAGGCUCGCAGGCAGCUCCGCCGCGCCUCCCGAACCCCCCGUGCCCGGGCAGGGAAGGGCAUGGCAGUCUCCCUCCGCCGCCGAUCCCCACGCUAGUCAACCCGCGCCCCCCCCCCCCCCGCCGCGCUACACACCCUAGGCAGGCACGCCCCCAGGGGAGAGAAAGGAGCCGCCGCCGCGAUCGCCGAGGUGACUAUCUCGGUGGGGCCACACUGACCAUGCUCAGAAGUUUCUGCCUUCAGCUCAUGUCCUUGCUUUGGAUCCUAGUGGCCCAUCACCAUUUUGCCCAAGGUGAUGACUGCAGUGACCACUGUAACUUGGCCCAUGGCAGCUGUGAAGAGAGCGGCAAAUGCAGGUGUGAUCCAGGUUGGGAAGGGAAAUAUUGUGAACAGUGUGUGAGGAUGCUGGGCUGUACACAUGGGACGUGCCACCAGCCCUGGCAAUGCAUCUGUCAAAGUGGCUGGGCUGGCAAGUUCUGUGACAAAGAUGUGCACAUCUGUGAGCACCAGAGCCCAUGCCAGAAUGGAGCCCAGUGUGUCUAUGAUCGAGAUGGAGAAUACUCCUGCCUGUGCCUUGAAGGGUUUCAUGGAAAGGACUGCGAACUGAAGACAGGGCCAUGUGAGAAGGCAGGAUUUCCAUGCAAGAAUGGUGGCCUGUGCCAGGAUAAGAAUGGCUUUGCUAGUAACUACACCUGCAAGUGCCUGGCAGGAUUCAUUGGUGCACACUGCGAGAUCGAUGUAGACGACUGCCUGAUGCGUCCCUGUGCCAAUGGUGCCACCUGCCUCGAUGGCAUCAACCGCUUCUCCUGCCAAUGCCAGGCAGGCUUUGAAGGGCGUUUCUGCACCGUCAACAUUGAUGAUUGUGCCAGCCAGCCCUGCAAAAAUGGGGCAAAGUGUUAUGACCGCAUCAGUGAUUUUGAUUGCUUGUGUCCGGAUGGCCUUGCUGGCAAAACCUGUGAGUUCUCUGCUCCAGAGCCAACCUGGGUCACUGCAUUUCAGCCGGAUCAUGAGGAGCACAAUGGGGCCAUGAAAAGCACAACCAUCAGUGACCCUUGGACUACACAGUCUGAGCCAAUCAGGGCUGUGGUUACUGGGAAGCGAAUCACUAACUACAGUGAGAAAUCAAAUGGGGGAGGGCUAUUAAUCUCAGUGAAAGAGGUGGUGACACAACCGGGCUCAGGGCUGAGUCAGUCACAGCUGAUUUUAGUGCUGGUAUUUGGGCUGCUCACUGCUGUGUUGGUCUUGGUAACUGUGUUGCUGCUGCUGCUGAAGAACUGGCAGAAGGGGCGCCAGAGGUGCCAAAGCCCCUCUCAGUCUGCAAGGAAACUUCAGGACCAAGAGUGUCAAGUGGGAAUGUUAAGUACAGUCUUGAUAGAAUCCAGGAAAACAACAGAGCUGUAAGGACCCCAAGUCAGAGCCUGGCUGACUUGUGGGAUUCACCCACCAAUGAAUCCCUUAAGCCCUGUCUUGGGAGCUGUUCUGGCCGCACAUCUCCAAAGCGCUGAAGGGCUCUGGUGGAACUGAAGUGUGUGAACCAGCUGGAAGGAGGAGGAUAUUCAUGUGGCUGCAAAUCCUUGUUUGAAAACAGAGUCCUUGAAUGGGUGCAACUUAAGCCACUGGCAUAGUAAUGUCAACUUACCAAGGAACCCAAAGGAAAUGCUGGGUCAGGAUAUCCCAGUGUUGGAAACGGCAAGCAAGAGGGAUAGAUGCCAUUCCAUAUGCACUAAAGGAAAUUGCUAGAAACAAGACUAAGUGUGCCAGAGCAGGUGGUAGGAGCAAAAACUUGGUUAGGCCCUCAGGCAUCUGGUAGCUCUUGGUCAGAAGCAUUGGAAGUGUCAUAUGACCUAACUUUAUUGAGCGGGGCUCAGAAACUGCUUUGUGAAUGCCCCACCUAUGGAGUUCUGGCAUAAACAAUAUGGGAUUCCCUGAACUGCCUAGACGCUUUCAAUCUGUUUCAGACACCGCAGGCUCUGGGCCUUGUGAUGCCAUGAGCUGGUUUCCUGACUGUAUUGAUCAUGUUUUUCCCAUUUUA